CCCAGACUGCGGGUGGGCACACCAUCUCUCCACAGCUCGUGAGCGAAGCUUACACAGGGGUCAAGAAACAGCCCUCGACCCCGCGCAGCUAGGAUCUCAGCCAAGCCUCCCUUCUGUUUGUCUUGUUAGGAUUUGAUCCGACAGGGCGCUCCGGGAUUAGAACUGCAGUGCCCCGCUCUGCUCUUCUCCGCACCUCCAAACGGGGCAUUUUGCUCCGGGAUAAUGACAGUCGGUGAAAUGUGGAGUUUUCCGGAGCUGCAGCUAAUCUGAGAACAAGAAAAAGGACAACCCGCCCUCGCCCCCAGCCUUUUUAAAGCUGCCAACUUUACAGAUUUCGGAUACCUCUGCCUAAGUGGGAUUCUUUCGACAUCAGAUCGCGUGUUGCAUGUGUGUUGACGUUACCUUCUUUUUAAGUCUUAAGCUUCUGGUGGUAUUUUGCUGGGGAGAACUUUUGGAAGAUCUGAUUCUCCUGUCCUCAAAUCUUAAAGAACUCCGUUACCCGGAUUAGCUAUUUCCAUCGACCAGCGGGGCCUCUCCUACCCCAACAUCUAUUUCAAGAACUACAACUGCGGAAAGAGCGCCUGCCCUCGGUUGCUGAGAAAACGCAGACACCUCCAGGAAUCUAAUCCACGCGGAGACAAAGGAUCGGGGCUCUCCCUCGGCUCCCCGUCAUCCACCUCCUGGAUCCACCCCUCCUCAACCCUGGAAGGAAUCUUUUAGCUAGCUGACCAUCACUAUGGGUCCGUCCCAAAGGCCAUUUCUUAUCCUGGGCUGCCUCUUGACAGGGCCAUGGCUAGCCUCUUGCCAGUCCUUACUUCCCACAAUUAUUCCCAAGAAAGAUGAAAUGGUGGUGCAGCUGAAUUCCCCCUUCACUCUGAAAUGCUUUGGAGACAGUGAAGUAAGCUGGCAAUACCCAGUAGCUGAAGGCAACCACACCAUAGACAUCAGAAGCGAAGAGAACAACAGUGGCUUUUUUGUGACUGUGCUUGAAGUGGCAAAUGCUUCUGCUUCUCACACUGGAUUGUAUACGUGUUAUUACAAUCAUUCUCAAGAAGAGGAUAGUGAGGUUGAGGGGAAGGACAUCUACAUCUAUGUGCCAGAUCCGACAGUCCCCUUUGUUCCAACAUCCCCAGAAGAUGUGUUUAUUGUCAUAACUGAGGAAGACGGGUCUUCUGUCAUCCCUUGCCGUACAAGCGACCCUAAUGCUCAAGUAACACUCAUGAACAGUGAUGGCAAAGUCUUGUAUGCCUUCUAUGACAACAGACAGGGCUUCAUCGGAAACUUCUCUGCAGGCUCUUAUGUGUGCAAGACCAUGGUUCAGGAAGUAGAGUUCCAGUCUGCCGAAUUUUUCAUCUAUGUUUACAAAGCUACUUCAAAUCUUCAUGUUGAGAUUGAGUCCCUCAAGACAGUGUAUAAAACAGGCGAAACCAUUGUUGUAACUUGUGUGGUCUUGGAUAAUGAAGUGGUGAACUUAGAGUGGAAUUAUCCGGGGAAAAUGAAGAACAAAGGCUUAAUCUCACUAGAGGACAUCAAAAUUCCAACCCAGAAGCUGGUUUACAACUUGACCAUCCCAGAUGCUUCAGUGAAAGACACUGGAGAUUACGAAUGUGCAGCUCGACAUGUGACCAAAGACUUCAAGGAAUCUGAAAGGGUGGCCAUCACAGUUCAUGAUAAAGGAUUCAUUCAUUUGGAGCCCCAUUUCAACCACAUGGAAGCUGUAAACUUGCAUGAAGUUAAACACUUUAUAGUUGAUGUGCAUGCAUACCCAGAGCCCAAACUGUUUUGGUUGAAGGACAAUGUCACUCUGAUGGAUAAUCUCACAGAGAUUGUCACUAGCUCCAAGCAGAUCCAGGAGACGAGGUACUGGAGUGUAUUAAAAUUAAUUCGUGCCAAAGAAGAAGACAGUGGGGAGUAUACUCUUGUAGCACAGAAUGAAGAUGAAAUUCAAAGAUAUACUUUCUCUCUGCUCAUACAAGUUCCUGCUUUAAUACGAGACCUGGUGGAUAAUCAUCAUGGCUCUGGUGGGCAGACAGUCAGAUGUUUGGCAAAAGGGACGCCCCUCCCUGAAGUGGAAUGGCUGGUUUGCAAAGACAUUAAAAAAUGCAGCAAUGAUACCUCAUGGACCCUUCUAACUAACAAUAUUUCUCAUAUUACUGUGAAGACUCAUCUUGAUGAAAAAGAUGUGAUUGAAAGCCAGGUGAAUUUUCAGAAGGUGGAAGAAACUUUGGCUGUGCGAUGUAUGGCAAGAAAUGACCUUGGCACUGUCACACGGGAACUGAAGCUUGUGGCUCCAACUUUACGAUCAGAACUGACAGUGGCUGCCGCCGUUCUAGUGUUGCUAGUGAUUGUAAUAAUUUCGCUGAUUGUCCUGGUGAUCAUAUGGAAGCAGAAACCAAGAUACGAAAUAAGAUGGAGAGUCAUUGAGUCCAUCAGCCCUGAUGGCCAUGAAUAUAUAUAUGUCGAUCCCAUGCAACUGCCCUAUGACUCAAGAUGGGAAUUUCCUAGAGAUGGAUUAGUACUGGGACGAAUCCUUGGUUCCGGAGCUUUUGGGAAAGUAGUUGAGGGAACUGCAUAUGGAUUAAGCCGGUCACAGCCAGUGAUGAAGGUGGCUGUAAAAAUGUUGAAACCCACUGCAAGAUCCAGUGAGAAGCAGGCACUUAUGUCUGAAUUAAAGAUAAUGACCCAUCUCGGUCCACACUUGAACAUCGUCAACCUGUUAGGAGCCUGUACAAAAUCAGGUCCAAUUUACAUCAUAACAGAGUACUGUUUUCAUGGGGACUUGGUGAACUACCUGCAUAAAAAUAGGGACAAUUUUCUGACUGGACAUCCUGAAAAGUCCAAGAAGGAUCUGGACAUCUUUGGGAUGAAUUCAGCUGAUGAAAGUACUAGGAGCUAUGUAAUCCUGUCCUUUGAAAACAAUGGUGAAUAUAUGGAUAUGAAGCAAGCAGAGACAACUCAGUAUGUGCCAAUGCUGGAAAGGAAAGACAGGUCAAAAUAUUCUGACAUCCAAAGGUCUUUGUAUGAUCGGCCUGCCUCAUAUAAGAAAAAAUCGGUGUGGGAGCCAGAUGUGAAGAACCUCAUUUCUGAUGAGAAUUCAGAAGGCCUCAGUUUGAUGGACCUCCUGAGCUUCACUUACCAAGUUGCGCGAGGAAUGGAGUUCUUAGCUUCUAAAAAUUGUGUGCACCGUGAUUUGGCAGCGCGAAACGUCCUCUUGGCUCAAGGAAAGAUUGUGAAGAUCUGUGACUUUGGCCUGGCUCGAGACAUUAUGCAUGAUUCAAAUUACGUAUCCAAAGGCAGCACUUUCCUUCCAGUGAAAUGGAUGGCACCUGAAAGCAUUUUUGACAACCUGUAUACAACAUUAAGUGAUGUCUGGUCUUAUGGCAUUCUUCUGUGGGAAAUAUUUUCUCUAGGUGGCACUCCAUACCCCGGCAUGAUGGUGGAUUCUACAUUCUAUAACAAAAUUAAAAGUGGCUAUCGAAUGGCAAAACCGGAUCAUGCUACUAGUGAGGUGUAUGAUAUCAUGGUGAAAUGCUGGAACAGUGAACCGGAGAAAAGACCUUCCUUUUACCAUUUGAGUGAAAUAGUUGAGAAUCUUUUGCCUGGAGAAUACAAAAAGAGUUAUGAAAGAAUUCACUUGGACUUUUUGAAGAGUGACCACCCUGCUGUCACACGCAUGAGAGUGGACUGCGACAACGCUUACAUUGGAGUCACUUACAAGAACGAAGACAAACUGAAGGACAGGGAGAGUGGAUUUGAUGAACAAAGACUCAGCGCUGACAGUGGCUACAUAAUCCCUCUGCCAGACAUUGACCCAGUUUCAGAAGAUGAACUUGGAAAAAGGAACAGGCAUAGCUCCCAGACAUCUGAAGAGAGUGCCAUUGAAACUGGUUCCAGCAGUUCAACAUUUGUCAAGCGCGAGGAUGAGACCAUUGACGAUAUCGACAUCAUUGAUGACAUUGGAAUGGAUUCUUCAGAACUGGUCGAGGACAGCUUCCUGUAACUCUGGAGGAAACCGGGGACAUCUUUUGAGUUGCAUGAAACAAAAUGGGAGAGACUUGGCAUAUCACUCAUGGACUUUACACUCCAUGAGGAAAACCACUUUGAAAACAGACAGUAAAGGCUUGGAAUGCCAAAAAGGGGCUUAAAGAUCUCAGCUGGUUUGUGAAACAACAGGACAUUUGGAAACCAGCUUUUAAGCAUUAAUCCUUCACUAGCAUCUCAGUACUGUUUGCAGUUUCAGUAGAUAGGUCGAUAAAGGGAAAGGCCAUGGACAGUCAAGUUUGUGUUUCAAGGGCAUUCAUGACUCAGAUGGAUGACAUUUCCACUAUGGUGAAGCAUCACCCGUGUACUUGUGUAAAUACCUGUCCUUACCUGGAUAUUUUGUGGAACGGACAUUUUUCUUUUUUAGAAGACCACUCAAGAAUUCUGCGUAUUUUCUUCCUUCAGUCUCAUUAAAAGCUGCUGUUGAACUUUCACAUGAGAUGAAGUACAUGUAAAAAAGAAACCACUUUUGUAACUUCAAGGGACUGGUAUUAGGUAACCUUUCACUGAUGAUGCAAACAAAAGAAAACAAUAGUAAAGUCCAGACCUUAUACAAUAGCUUAGUAAAUCAAAUGAGACUCUUUAUAACCAUAGAGGAAUACUUACUACUACUGUUCUCAGUAUCACUAAGUAUAGUUUAUAACUACUCCUUGUCCUUCAUUAAAAUCACAAAAAAGUUACUAAUGGACUAAAGCGUUUCAGGGUUUAAACAUUUACAAGAUACAACUGUUCUUUUUGACUGUUAACAAUUUUGGUAAAUUAUAACUAUUUUAGGAAGUAGGAAAAGCUAAUGUAUUCUAAGGAAUCCAGAUGUAAUUUUCCAUCCUUAAUGGAGUAGCUUUCCUAACAUUAUAGACUGAUAGCUUGUGCAUCCUCCUUUGAUUCAGUGGAACUUUUAAAAACCUGAAGUUUAUUUUUAACCUUUCAUUUACAAUCAGGUUGCUCAAGUUAUUGUACCAUGAAUGUGUGAAAAUGCAAGUGUGUGCGUGUGCGCACACGUGUGUGUUUAAUCAAUCAAUAGCAAGGCUGCUUGGAGCAUUCAUGGAGUACACUGCACAUCUGAAAGUUUGUUUGGGUUUACAUGCGACUAACUGGUCUGAUGCACCAAAUGCUCUUUCUGACAAAGCUUCUUUCUGAGCCUGUGAUUUCCAAUUAGGUAUAUAGCCACAUUGCAAGCAAUAAUAAUGAUCUAGUUUUAGCAUUGCAUUUUAACAGAGAUAUAACAGGAUCCCAUUGUCCUCCUCAAGUUUUUCUAUGGAACAAAUGGGAGUCUUUUACAACCACUCCAGUGGAAACUGAACCAAGAGUAAAGCAACUUUAAAGGCUUUUCUAUGCAUAACUCUUUCCAGGGUGAAUACUUAAAAACUCAAGAUUGAGUGUAACUCCCAGCAGUGUAUACAUUCCUUGGCAAAAUACUGUCUUGUAAUGUGUACAAUCCUGCACUGUUUCUUCUUCUAGACAAUUUUUAAACAAUUGAUACUGAUGCUUCCUUAAUCUGCACUUCUUGUGUUUCUGAUAGUGUAUCUGUAUCAAAAUUGUUUUAUGAUUCACAGUGCAAUCCCAUGCAUGUAUACUCCGAAGUAAGUCCCAUUCUGUUCAAUGGGUCUUAUACUCAGGUAAGUGAGUAUUAGAUUGCAGCAUUUACGAUGUAAGUCUGUGGAAAUCAUGAACUGGAAUCAGUCUAUGAAAAUCAAGAACUGGGAAAGUUUGGUGCACAAAAGGGAUUUUAUGCUUUUCAGUAUAAAAAUAUAAAACAUCCAGUGUUUGAUUUCUAUAAAGACAAGUUUCAGAGUGGAAACCUGUUUGGGAACCAUGCUGUGACUUCUAAAAGCUAUUUCCUUAAUUCUAAAUAUGCAUGCGACAGACUGAAGUCACUCUCUAACAAAGGAAAAAGAGCAUGGCACAUUCUCAGGGCACUUCCGCUCAUUACUACAUAGACUCAGACCUGUUACUGAAACCAGAUGCUAGCGCUGAGUCCUGGCAUUUUGAAUAAAUCUGUCCCUGUGCGGAGAAUCACCAAGUGUAGCAUAUGGUAGCAUUUCAGCAGUGGUAGUAGUCACUUUGAGCAAUGUUACUUUCUGUGACAAACUCACAGGCUUAUUUUGAUUGCAACUUUAGGAACUAACAUAUGAAUGUUACAUGUUCUAGAGACAAUGACCAUGUUUGCACAUAAUGCUAAUCCAUGGGAUUUUUUUAAACCCAUGGCUUGUCAUUCUACCCUGAGUUUGUCUGCUUUUUUCUCAGUCUCCUGGCUAUUUGUUUCCCUGCUCUUUCAUCCACUCCGAACCUAGAUCACAAAUAGUACUGGCAGAUAGAUCUGCCUGCUACUCUUGCCCAUACCCUCUGUAGCCUGGCAGAACAAUCCAUCAGUUCUAGGUUCACACUUAAAAACAAGCCAUGAUUUAAACAACCCAGGCUUCACAAGCCAGAAACAAAUAAUGUGUUGUCUUUCUGGGUUGUUCAGGAUUUGUUAGCAUGGCUGGAUUCAUACAACAGGACAACCCAGAAUUCUACAGUACAUAAAAUGGCUAACAUUAUGUACAAACUGAGACAGAGUUAGCAUUAUGUGCAAUCCCAACCAGCUUAACUCCAUAGUGAUUGAUAUUUCGAAGAUCACUGUCACUGUUGAUGAGUGCCCAAAAAGACUAAAAAUGCAAUACAAAUCAAUAAUUUGGGCUGGGCCAGUGAUAACUCAGUUCUACACAGCAGUCAACUCAUUUGAUAUCAAAUCAUUAACUACCACUUAACAUGAAGCAUCAGAUAUCCAUACAUUGGAAUAAAUGAAGAAGAGUUUGGUCCUUACAAACAUAGGACAUGAUCCUUUCAGCAUUAAGUUCCUGAAAGUCUGAUUGACUUCAUGUGCUCAACUGUCUCCCAUUGAAAUAAAUGGGACUUAUUACAUACUUCUUUGUGGAUGGUUUGUGCACACGGGGUUCUCUGUGGUAAAUAAUCUGUUGAGGUUUACAUCUACAAAAUGCAACACAAGCAAUAUGGGUAUGCAACUGCUUGGGCAAAUAGUCCUUUCUUUGUAGUUAUCCAGCAGGGAUGUUGUCUCUGUUCAGCCAACUCCUAUUCAUUAGAAAUGUGCUAAUGCAAUGGUUGAAAAUCACACGUCUUACUUGCGCAUGCAUUUGUCAAGUGGUACCUCGUGCAUUAGUAUGCAUAGUUCAGGUAUUCUCAUGUUGAGCAGACAUUCAUUUUGUACUGGCUGCUAUGGAAUAAGCUGCAGUACUCUUGUCUUUGUUUCUUCUUGUUGAAUUUAUCCUGCUUCUCAAAAAACAAAUGUGCUAAUCCAAAAUGUGCAUGAUUUGCUUUACACAUGGAUCACAUUGCCCACAUGACAGUGCACACCAACCCAUCAUAACUGCCAUCCUAUCAGUGGGAUGCCCAUUUAUUUUGUUUCUCCAUUUCAAUGCCAUGCUAGCCAUGCCCAACACCUUUUUAACUAUGUAACUAUAGCUGGAAUGGGACCAAACUCAAGUUGUGGGCUGAAUUAAUUCUUAGAUUUAUAGUCUUAUGACAAUGAUAAUUCCUGCAUUUGCACCUCACUGUGAAUGGGAAAAUUGUAUGAAGUCAGCACAUUAAUGCAGGCAGUAUCUGUUGGGCUAUGGCUGCAAUCCUACACCAACUUACCUAAGAGUAAGCACUAUCAGAUUAAAGGGGUUUACUUUUAAGUAGUCAUGUAUAGUAUUGUGCUGUUGCUCUUUCAAUACUAGUCUGAAGGAAAAAGGUUGGAUUUUAGUAUGAUAGUAACUAUUUGAAGAUAAUCUUGUUCAGAUUUUCUUUGUUGUGGCUCAGUUAGGAGAAGCUUUCGGAAAUGAAAUACCCAAUUUCUGUCUGUUUCAUAUUUGUAUAAUGACAAUCGAAUUUUGCCUGUGAAACACAAGUUUCCCAUUUUGAAUGGCUGACCCUCUUCCUUAAAAUAUGGUCUGCAAAUGUACAAAACAGUCCUAUGAUAUAAUGAGGGACAUAAGAUAAGGUGAUGUUAUACAUCAAUAUGUAUAUAUGUAUUUUUAUAUCUACUUUGAGGAGUACUGCCAAAACAUACAUGACAAGCUGUAUCACUGCCUUUGUUUAUAUAUUUUUAAACUGUAAUAUACUCCACAAGCACGCUAACUGUUGCACUUUUAAAUGUCCAAAAUUUAUAUUUUAGAAUGGUUAAGAAAGCACGUAAGACUUUCCAAGAUGGUGGUAUUAUGAAAUGUUUGAGAAGAAGAAAGCUAGAAUGAGUGAACAUAGGUACAAAAUGUAAUUCAAAUGCCCCUGUUCUUAUUUUUGUCUUUAAAAACAUGUAAAUUAAGAUCUUUAUAUUUCAAUAAAUGAUAUAUAAUUUAAAG